AUGCCGGCUCCGAGUAUUAGGCAAAUGCCACCGCCAAUUACUCAUCUACCAAACAUUCCAGACUGGCUCUCUUUAUAUUCUUCGCUUACAAGCACGAGGGAUUUUAAUGAAAUCAAACAAAAUUCUUGUACAGUAACAAAAACAGUGAUUAGUCCUGUCCCUUCUCCGUUAUCGAUAAUGUUCAAGAAUAGACCUCAUAAACCAAAUUUAAUCAAAGAUAAGCAAAAUGGAAACAAAGAAACUUCAAAUUUAACUAGUUCAAACAAAAAUAACGGAUAUGUGCACAAAGUGGACAACUUCAGUUUGGAUAGGUCAACCGCACCUUUACUUUUGGCUGCUCACGAUAAAUACUAUGACCUCAGCACAUUUUCUUCCGAUGACUUCUCCUUUACAACAAAUGCCAAUGAUGUUACUAGCAUUACUUCAUCAGACUGGGGCGAUGAAGCCUGUGAAAUCGAUAGGCAAAAGUCUCAUCAUUUAAAACAGCUAUUUAACGCAAUUGACCAAUUGCUCUUUGAGCCUGGGUGCUUGACAAAUUUCAGCUCUAAUACAGGAUCAGAUAAUCAAAAUUCUCCUGUGAACCCAACGAAUAGCGGCCUUAUGUUAGUGAGAAAUCUCCUGCCCGAAUGCGAAGAAUGGGCCUCAAAGUUUCCCCAUUUUCGAAUCCGUGGAUUGCAGAUCCAUCCACCCCAACCACCCCAACUCUCAACAAAGCAGCAGAAGGCGCUUUAUCCGCAUUAUAUGCAGAACAGAUCAUUAGGACAUCAACCUGAUGCUUUUAAACGAUUUAGCAAAUCACCCGAUGCAAAAACUCCGCAACCGACCCAGGCAGAUCUAACAGUUGGGCAACAAUUUACGUAUGGGUUUAAGUAG